AUUUCCAAUUCGCAACAUCAAGCCAGACCAUAUAGCGAGAUUACUGAACAUGGAUGCGCAAUCUCAAUGAGAUGACUCUUCUCGAUCAUCUUUAACCUCUCUCCGUCGCCUUACUUCCAUCUCUACGUGACAUCUCUCCACGAAACUAUUCAUCCAGCCGUUCCUGUUCGCCACUGAUUGCAUCGUUCACCGUCUGAACAUACAUCCUCAGCAAACUCACCAUGUUCUGCCUCCGGAGCUGGCUCCCCCUCUUCUUCAUUCCCACCAACGCCUCCCCCCUCUUCAUCAUCUCCUUCGUCACCCUCACCUACAUCCUCCACCGACCGUGCAUCUACUGCUCAGCCCUACUCCUCAUCCUAUUUAUCUCCUCCUGCCACUGGUCCGACCGAUGUUUCUUCGACCUGCGCGGCGACUGGUUCAGUCCGCGCUACACCACCCCGGCCGCGGCCGCACCGACCGCAUGCCCGGCCAGCCCCGCCACCGAGACCCUCGCCGAAUAUCUCCUGGAGACGAUGACCUCCACCGCCAAAGCGCUCUCCGGAGCCGUCGUCGAUGAGGCGCAGCGCCGGCUCGCCUUCAACCAAUCGGUCGAGACCGGUGUUCCUCAAGAAUGGACGGGGAUUGGGAUGGAGUGGGUGCGGAGUCUCCUGGGACGGAGGGAAUGGACGCUGCCGUGUGUGGAUGUCAAGGUGAGGCUCUAGGGAGGCUCUAGGGAGGCUCUUUUCUUUUCCUCGACUUUCUUUUUGCAGUAAGCGGGACACAUAUACCGGGUGGAUGGUCUGGCGAUUUUCCUUUGUCAAUACAUAUCCGAGCCGUGAGCACAUCUGCGUGCUUAUGCUCUUGGGGCGAUAAAGAGGAGGCUGUUUGUUGUUGGGACUUAGAUUGGACCGGGAAGCGUGGAACAUCGUAGACAUCUGAUGUGCGUAUGGACAUACGUUUUCGUGUACUUUGCGUCGUUUCGGAAUGGGCUACAGGCUCGGGAGUCGGCGAGACACUAUUGUCUGAGGUAUUGGAGGUGGCUUCCGAUUCAACUUGUACAUAGCAUUUAUCGAAGC